AUGAAGUUCUUGUUGUUGGUUCUUCUCGUUCCUUUAUCGUAUGCCGUUCAAUGUGGGCCAGGUGAAGUCUACACGGCUUGUCGCAAAGAUUGUCCCCAUACUUGUGCAGAUGUAAUUCAGGGAUCAGGCCCUAAAUUGUGUGUUCAUACAUGCAAAGAAGGGUGUAUUUGUAAGAAAGGAUAUGCCCUAAAUCGUGGAAGAUGCAUCCCGGAAGAGCAGUGCAAAGGUGGGGAAUGCAGGAAAUUCUAAUAACAUGGUUAGAAUUGAUGACAAUUUCUGUUGCUCAUAGUAAUCGAGAUACCUUUUACAGUAGGCUCAGUGGAUUGGGACUCGAGUAAAGAUGCUCCAGCUGUCCCGGACUGUCCCAAAAACAUGGAAUACUCUCAAUGCGGAAGUGUUUGCCCUGAUCCAAACUGCUCCACCUACAGAGUAAGCAGUCGCACAAGGAUCCCAACACGUUGUCUUUGUAAUUUUAAUCGCUGAUUUCAGCACAACCUUUGUUUCUCCAAUCGCUGUGGCCCUCCUUCUUGCCGCUGCAAAUCCGGUUACGUACGGAAGAACGACAACUUUAAUGACGGAUGUAUUAACGUCAAUACUUGCCCGAAGAAUCCCUUGGACACUGUCUUCCAACAAUGUGGGUAUUCUUCGUAUGAUGACUUAUGGUCUCGUAAUCUGUUGAAAGAAUUAUUUGCCCUUUAGUUGCCGAAGAAGACGCCGCUGCCAGUCGCCGAAAGCGAUCGAAAGAAUCGGUGGAAAGAGAGUUGAAAUACGCGACAGAGAAUGGCCCUCAAGAUCCUAGAUGUCCAAAGAAUUCUUAUUGGCGAGAGUGCAGCAACAUCUGCAAGCAAACUUGUGGAAAUUAUGAUAAGGUAUCAAUAAAUGAGUGGUCCAAAGUAAUAUUUUUUAGAAUUUCUGUCACUCCCUCCGUUGUGGUCCUCCCAAAUGCGAAUGCAAGAUCAACCAUUACCUCGGAGGCCCUCAGGGCAAGGAUUGUGUUCAUGUUAACGAAUGCAAGAAACAAAAGGCAUAA